GAUCAUUUUUAUAAACAAACCCCCUCCCCCCGAAUUCUAAAACUUGGAACACUUAAGCAACACAGAACAUGCUGUGGAUUUAUGCUUGCUGAAAGAUUGCUUUGAUCCAGACAUUGACAUAAAGAGGAAUAUUGGAUCUGUGGAGGGAAUGCACUAUACAGAGCUCAAGAACGAGACACUGCUAAUCUGUACGUGAGUGGCAUGGCAUCAAAUCACAGCACUUCUCCCCAAGAUGACCAUCUUCCUCAUUACCUCCAGGAUGAAGACCCCUUUGCAUCAAAACUCUCUAGGGAAGCUGACAUAGUAGCUGGAUUUUAUUUAACAGUAAUUGGGGUUCUUUCAACUUUUGGGAAUGGCUAUGUUCUUUAUAUGUCCUUGAAACGGAAGAAGAAGCUCAGACCUGCUGAGAUAAUGACUGUCAAUUUAGCCGUGUGUGACUUGGGGAUUUCAGUUGUAGGAAAACCAUUUAGUAUAAUUUCCUUCUUCUCUCACCGAUGGGUGUUUGGCUGGCUGGGCUGCCGUUGGUAUGGAUGGGCUGGCUUCUUCUUUGGCUGUGGGAGCCUUAUCACCAUGACAGCUGUCAGCCUGGAUAGAUACCUGAAAAUUUGUCAUUUAACUUACGGUACCUGGCUUAAGAGACAUCAUGCCUUUGUCUGCCUGGCAAUAAUCUGGGCCUACGCUACGUUUUGGGCUACGGUGCCAUUUGCUGGUUUUGGGAACUAUGCUCCCGAGCCAUUUGGAACCUCGUGCACUCUGGAUUGGUGGCUGGCUCAGGCUUCAGUGGCUGGACAGGCAUUUAUUCUGAAUAUUCUCUUCUUUUGCCUCUUGCUCCCAACUGCAGUGAUUGUGUUUUCCUAUGUUAAAAUCAUUGCAAAAGUCAAGUCGUCCGCCAAAGAAGUUGCUCAUUAUGACACCAGGAUUCAAAACAAUCACGUCCUGGAAAUUAAAUUGACCAAGGUGGCAAUGUUGAUCUGUGCAGGAUUUCUAAUCGCCUGGAUCCCAUAUGCCGUGGUAUCAGUGUGGUCAGCUUUUGGACAGCCAGACUCAGUGCCCAUUCAAGUUUCAGUCAUCCCAACCUUGCUUGCAAAAUCGGCAGCUAUGUACAACCCAAUUAUUUACCAGGUCAUUGAUUGUAAAUUUUCCUGUUGCCGCUCCUUUCAGAAGAAGAGCUCUUUGAAGAAAUCCAGGCUGUAUACGAUAUCUGGAAAUAGAGAGCCAACAGCAAUGAACGAAACCCACCUGGAGGUGUGACGGCAUAUGGACAGGCGUAUGGAAACAUGCUGACAAUCCUUUUCUUCUCAGUUUCUUCCUUUGCAAAUUAGGUAAAAUACAAUGGCAGAUUUAUUUUAGUAUUUCUUUUCCCCUCUAACAUACUACCAUCUAAUUUUUCACCCUAACUGGAGUAUCAACAUUAGAGCUGGGCAAAUAGAAGAAGAAAAUACAGAGAAUAUUCAUUUGAAUGAAAACUGUGAAUUCACUUUGGCUGGAUUCAAACCCCUUUUUAUUUAUUUUUCUGUGCACGUACUAUGAGUGACUCUUUUCUACAUGGAAAGUGAAAGUCUCAUGAGUACUCAUGCUAUGCAUUUGUAAGGCUAUCUUGAAAUCACUUGAUUUCCCUCUUCCUCUUUAUCAACGUUAUCCAAUCCAAGGAGCAGAAAUUAAUCAUGCACCACAAAGAGCCAAAAUUGAAGUGCGGUGUUUGCCAAUAGCUCCUCUGGUUGAAAUGCAUUUGCAAAUGAAAUCUUGAAUCAUGAACAAAGAGAAGCAAAGUCUAUUCCUGGAAAAUCCACAAAUAAGAAAAGGGGUUAAAUUGGUCCAGUAAUUUAUUGGUACAAUAGUUUGCCCAUCUCUAAGCACUAGAAAUGCUGCGCGAAAAUGCUGGGCAAUGUUAUAGAAAUGCUGAUAACCAGCAGAAGGUCAAAUGUAUAAAACAGAUAUUCCAUGCCCACCGCGCGCGCACACACACACACACACUCUCUCUCUCUCAUCGCUCUUAUACCCAUUCCUUAUGAUGUUGGUUUUAUAUAUACAAUGGCAAAGCUCGCUCCUGACCUUAACUAUAAACCCCCACACACAGCUUCCAUAAUAAUUAUUUACAGUUUGGUUCAGACAGCACCUUCCGCUUCUUUUCUGGAUUGACCAUUGAAAUGUAGGCACCAUUACACAGACAGACACUAAAGGUAAAUAUUUGACGUUUGUAUAUUAUUUCAUCAAGAAAACCUUAUUAAAAUGCAAAAUAAAUUAAUUUCAAAUGAAAGCAGCUUUCAUAUUUAAUAUAAAAUCUCAAGAAUGUGGUUAUUCCUAAAAUAAUUCUACGAGUCAAAAAUUUCCCCUAAACCAAUCCUUGAAGGAAAGGCAACAUUUAAGAGAGAAGUUCAGCUAAUAGCCUGUUUGAGACGAGUUGUUACACCCAGAAGACACGUGGUGCUUUUAUCAUAUUGUCAUUCCACAGCUGCACUAUAAACAGUUCUCACUGUAUCGAUUGAUUUUCAGACAAGGGACUGAAAAGUGUAUGUUGUAGAUCCUGGGCUGGGAAUGAGGGAGAAUAUAGUUCCCCCUUUCAACAUAGUUAAGUAAGGAAAUGAGUUGAGUAAGUCCUGGAAGGGAAGCUGGGAUUUUUCCUCCCUAAUAAUUUCAGUGUUACCAACACUGCAAUUUGCACAGUGCAACCUACUGAGGGCCAAAUCCGGCUUCCAUUGCAAGGUGCAGGUAUUUGGCGAUGAAACAAUUCUGCAUCUCUUAAUCAGUCCUUAGUCAGGCUAUAUUUCCACUCAUGUCCAUGGAUGUUUAGCCUAACUAAGGACUGAGAGCUGCAGAUUGUGGCCCUACAAAUGGAGACUUGUUAUAUCAGAGUUCAUGAUAGUAGUAAGAGUUACCAGGAUUCUGGCCAAAUUCCAGCGAGGAUGGGUUCAUGGUUCCUGCCUACAUUUCUCCUUCAAUUUCAAACUUUUCUUCUUCAUCUCUUGCCCUGAACAAUUAGCUGUGUUACUAUAUAUUGUUAAAUAGUUGUUGUGUCACCCCAGAAGUGGCUGCAUUUCGGGUGGUAGGUGAAGCAUGUUCUAGAUAGGGAUAUUUUCCUGACUCAGGGCCUUAAGCAUUACGUCUAAUUUAAAUACAGGUAACUUAUGUAAACCCCAAUAAGGCCUUGUAGAUCUCAUCCAAUUAAUAGAUUUUAAGGCACGAUGGAACUAUUAGAUCAUCUAGUCUAUUACAGGCCAUGGUAUUUCAUGAGCACAACAAUUUGUGUUGGGCUAAAGCACAUCUUCCAGAAAGGCAUCCGGUCUCGAUCUGAAGAUGACAAGAGAUGGGGACUCCACCACUUCACUUGCUUGCUUGUUCCAAUGGUUGAUCAUGCUCACCGUUAAAAAUAAAAUUCAUAUUUCACAAGGACAGUGUAUGAAAAUCUUAUAAAACUUCCUCAUAAGAUCCACACUUGUGAUUGUUGUAAACCUGGCUGGGGCCCAAAUACUUGAGUCAAAUUACUGAAAAAAGUAAAAGUAAGUCAGCAUGAAUGAGUGUGAAAUAUGACUCUGAAAGAUCUUUUUAUGGUAUUUUCAGUAAUUCAGUGUCUUAGCUAUGUUAAGGAACUUCUUGGUUUUAUGCAUAAACAUUAACACAAAUGUUGAAUAAAUAUUAUAAAUGAUAUUAUAUAUUCACAUAUCUCAUUAUAUGCCUUAUAUGCACACUCAGAUUAAACUGUCCUGAUUCAAAGUGAUGUCAGGUAAAGUCAUGAAAACUUAAACUUAUUUCCAAUGCCUCCUGGAUAAAGAAAAUUAUUGAAUUCCAGUCCUAAACAGGACAGCAUUAUUCUUUAAUAUUUACCUAUCUUGGGCACCUCAGUUGGCUCAGUGAGAUCUAGCCCUGCUGUCUAUUUCAAGGUUACAGUUCAGCUUGCAGAUGGCAAAGUCACACAGGCCAUAUGGAUGUGAAGACUUUUUGAUUAGCUUGUCAUGUAGACAUAGACAAUGGAGAAAAUGGAACCCAAACAUAAAGCUGUAAGCAGGGUCGGCUCCAGGCACCAGCCUACCAAGCAUGUGCUUGGGGCGGCACCUGGAGGGGGGCGGCGCUCAGGGUUGGGUUUUUUUUGUUUUUUGUUUUAAACAUACUGGGGCUGUUGGGGCGCCCGGCAGCGCUCCGGCCGGCUGGGGAGAGUGGGGCCAUGGCCAGGCUCACCGCCCUCCCCCCAGCACUCUGGCCGGCCGGGGAGAGUGGGGCCACGGCCGGGCUCGCCGCCCUCCCCCCGGUGCUCCUGCCAGCCGGGGAGAGCAGGGCUGCGGCUGGGCUCGCUGCCCCCCCGCCACGCUCCCCGCCAGGGGGCGGGGGGCAGCGGGAGGCUUUUUUGCCUGGGGCGGCAAAAAAGCCAGAGCCAGCCCUGGCUGUAAGUGCCUCCUGUACGGAUUUCAAAGGCUACUGAAAGGUUAGAAGAGGGGACAAGCUCAUUCUGAUGGAUAGGCUUGGAAGGAUUAGCUUUUAAUUCGUAAACGUUGAUUUCAUCGUACCCACAUAAACUGACAAAAAAAAUGUUUCCAUAGGUGACAUUUACAGAUAGGCAAAGUAAGAAAAAUGCUGCUUGAGAAUGUAUUAGUGUUUGAUUUAAGGAUAUUGACUUUGUACAUUUUGA